AUGGAAGCCACCAAGGAGGUGGAGGGCCCUGAUCCAUCGGGCCUCCAAAGCCACCCCUUGCCUGGUAGCCAGCAGCUGAAGGGUGGCCUCAGAGGGCCCCAGGGGCCAUGGACGAGCUCAAGACCCCUAAACUCAACGCCGGGGUUGCCACUGUCCACCGGGUCCAUCAGCGAUGGGGUCUGUGGCCUAACCUCGCAGUCCCACAUUCUCCAGCCAAUUCACCAAGUGUCCCAGGAUCCUGCUCAAGUCAGCUUCCAGUGUAACCAUGCGCAGGCCUCCCAGGAUGCCCAGAGACUCACCUCUAUGAACCCAUCAUUGAGCCACAUCGUGGGAGGGCAACAGAAUCUCACCAUGGACAACAGGACGCCGGCUCCACCGACGUGCACGCACAAUGACAGCACCAGUGACAACGUUCAGUAUCCACUUGGCCUCCCUCGGCUUCAGGUACAUAUCGGGAGGGAGAGCAAGGCUCCAGCUAAAGUCCUAGUCGGCUGGGGAAAAGGACCCUGUGAUAAUGAUCAGAUGGCCGCCUUGGGCCCCAGAAAGAGUCGAUGGCUACCCUGUUUCCUCUCAGGCAACAGCAGUACAGUUGAAGGUGAAAAUCCUCUCCUGGUUCUGGCUCAGACCCCAGCACAAGAUCAGGAGCAGGGCAAGUGCUCAGGUCAGGCUCCAGCUCCUGCCUCAACUACAGCUUCUCUACAGUCAAUGGCUCCACCACCUCCAACUACGGCCACUACUCCAGCUCUCAGCACAACCCCAACAUCUGCUGUAGUUGAAUCUUACACUGGUAUCCCUGACCACCGGACUGAUACCACCUUAGGCAUCAAAGGCUUGUCUCAAGACCUCAGGAGUUGUAGCAACCUACCACCCACCCUCUUGGAGCCUUCUCAAAUGGUCUCAUGCAGCCAGGACAAAGUGAAUUUAUCCCCUAGGAAGGAACCUCCCACCCCAGCACCUACUCCAGAAGAAUUUCCAGCUUGUGCCCAGGAACAUGAGGCUGCCAGAAGACAGGUGCCACAUGAAGACUUAGCAAAGAGUCUCCUGUUCUGUAACUCCAAACCAGGUAUCCCAGUACCAAUUCCAGAGCCUCCGGGUGUCCCCCAAACCCAGAGAAGCAGUCAGAAAACUUGCAGCUCUCAGCUAGACAAGCAGCCCCCCAAUGCUUGCAACAAUAACAGCACCAAUGUGCCACCGUCUGCCUAUGAAACCUGCCACAAACAGCCCCCAUUCAAUUCUCCCAGGGAAGCCACACAGAUCCCCUUUUCUAGUGCCCCAACCUGCCAGCACCAAGAUGCUAUGGAAGACCAUGUGAUGGUGUUUGAUAUGGCCACGGGCAACUCCAGGAUGGGCCUACUGUGCCAUGAUCCUAUGGGCUCACGGGCAGUGCUUGUGGGCCUCACACGCAACAACCCGUCCUCCCUUGUCCCUGAAAAUACACCAUCAGCCAGACCUCUGCCCAGGCCAAUCCUUUCUCCUAACAGCACUCACUCCAACUUCUGGUCUACCACAGCCAUGAUGGCUAGCCCUGUACCUUCCAGCCUCUCAUCUGGAAGCUACCCAGAGGUGGCCCUGGCCUCCAAGGAGGCGAAACAUAACCUAACCUUACUGAAUUCCCCUGGUACUCCUCCAUCGUGGAUGCCUGUCCAACUGGGUGAAAAGAUACUGACCCAUGUUCCUGAUCCCAGCUGGUCCAAACCCGACGCUGAAAGAAAUGAACCCAGCCGUACCAUCUGGAUGCUGCAGUCCUCCACAAUGCAAGAUGCUUCCAUGGUCCAGCCCAAGAAGCUCCAGUGGGUAAAGUCAGACCUGAUCCAGGUAGAGCCCGGAUCUCUGCUACAGAAGGAAGCUGGCAGCCAUAACCAGAAAGUGGUCAUUGCUGCUCAGUCUGAUCACUCUCAAGCUGAAGAUUCUGAGCAAGUCUUCCUCACUGGUCAGACCUUCCUCAAUGGGCAAAACCUCCUUUCUAGGAAGCUGCCUGUAGCUGAGCAGGGCUCCCUCUCUGGUCACCCACUCUCUACCACGCAGCUCCCCCUUGUUAAUCUGCCUCCUGUGACGGGGAAGCCUCCUCUUUUCAGACAGCUUUCUCUCUCUAGGCAGGUACCCCUCACUGUGAAGUCUCCCAUCACCAAAGAACCCCCCCUCUCAAGAGGGCCCCUCAUCUCUGGAGAGCCUGGCCAGGCCUCUGUCCAGCAAAAUGAGUCCUUGAGCCUGCCUGCUCAUGUCGGGAUACUGCGAGUGCCCCUGGCUCCCGAGGAGGCCUGUGUCUAUGUGAACAGAGAUGAGGCUGUCAUCAAUAAUGCCCAGAGCUCCAGUGUACAUCGCCUCCCAGCCUGCUGGCAACCGGGCAGCUCCCACAGGGGCCACGAGGAACAACUCCCUCUGAUCACAUUUACCGGUUGCAAGGAAUUGCCUGUGACCAUGGUGGGCGCUGAGCCCCACGGUGGCGGACAUCCGUUCAAGCUGACAGCCGAGGACAUCACACGCUCGUCCGUACUUGCACAGCUCAGCCUGCUCCGUGGGAAUUGCUAUGAGCUGGUAUCCACCAUGGAUGCUCUACCAGUGCAGUCUCCGGUCAUCUGCCACCACUCAUCAGGGCCCUACCAGACCAUGGCAGCUAUAGUGAUUGAUACAGGCACAGGGUUCACCAAGUGCGGACUGGCUGGAGAGGACCAUGUUCUCAGCGUGGUCCCCUCCCGAGUUCAGAUGAUCCGGCACUCCGCCCAGGGCCAGGCCCAGUACGUGGUGCCUGAAAACCAAGAGGGCUCCUACUCGGUCCUGAACCGAGGCGUGAUUUCUGACUGGGAUGCUCUGGAGGUCCUGUGGCAGCACCUGUUUUACUGCAGGCUGAGGGUGCAGCCCGAAGAGCUGGCUGUGCUCGUGGCUGACUCUCCCAUCUCACCGCGUACCAACCGAGAAAAGGUGGCUGAGAUCCUCUUCGAGCGUUUCCGCGUGCCGGCCAUGCAGACGGUGCACCAGGCUCUGCUGACCCUCUACGCCUACGGGCGUACCACUGGGCUGGUGGUGGGAAGUGGCUACGGCACCUCCUAUGUGGCACCCAUCCUCACCGGGGACCUGGCUCCGCUUGGCACCUACCGGCUGGAUGUGGCUGGUGUCGACCUCACCAACUACCUGGCUCGGCUGCUCCUGAAAGGCGGCUGCACGCCGCCCAGAGAAGGGCUGGUCCGCCAGAUUAAAGAAUCCUGCUGCUAUGUGGCUAUGGAUAUGGCUUCUGAGAUGGCCCACAACCAGUCCCCGGAUAGGGUAGACUUCAUGCUCCCGGAUAAGCAGGUUAUCUCACUGGGGUCCGAACGCUUCCGCUGUCCUGAGGCUCUCUUCCAACCCAAUCUGUUAGGUCUCAACCAGCCAGGCCUCCCGCAGCUGGCCCUGCUAAGCAUCAGCGGGCUAGAGGCCAAGCAGCAGGAACAGCUGCUAGCCAACGUGGUGCUGGAAGGGGGCAGCACUCUGGUGAGUGGUUUCCCUGAGCGCUUGAGACAGGACCUGGGCCCUGGGGCCACUGUACUGGGUUCUCCCCACCGUGCGGUUGCUGCCUGGCUUGGGGGCUCUAUCAUGGCGAGCCGGGAUUCCUUCCAGACCUUAUGGCUCAGCCGCCGCGAAUACGAGGAGGAGGGUCCGUGGGCUAUCUACAAGUACCAACUGUGA